AUGGAUAAUAAAACAAACGCUUCUCGCAAAUAAAAUCUUCUUAACUCUUAGCAGCAGCAUAAUACUUUCGAUUAGAAAAAUACUCUUUCCUCCAAUAAAAAAGAUCUCUCAACAAAUCAUCUAGAUUCAGAGCAGAAUCAAAUUUCGUAGUUUAAUGUUCAGAGUACUGAGAUGUUUUCUACUAAAAUUGAUGGGUAAAUAGACGAUGCAAGUAAAGAUGAAACGAGUUUGUUUGACAAACAGCUAUACGAUCGAUCUCUAAUGGAAAACGCUUCUUAAGACUUAAUGAUUGGCAAUCUCUAGCACAGUCAGUUCAUUUCCUAGGAGGAUAUAAACGGCAAUAAAAUUCAGGAGACUCUUUCAGAGAACUAGGAGUCUGGCCAUGGUGGAAAUUCAGAUGAAUAAACACCUCACAAUCAGUCUUCUUGGAGAAAGACAAAAAAUGACUCUCAAGAUAGGGAACCGCAAUUUUUUGAUUCAGAAACCUCUUAAAACAAGAACUUCAAGAACCGUAAUAGCAGUUAAAGACAUGUAGUAGAUACCAGUGCUAUGAUGAUUGAGUAGUCUCCUUAUCAUGAUGCCAAAUAAUAUGCCCUUAAAAGAAAAGAAUAAAAGGAAAGACAGCCACUGCCAAUGAAGAAGACCACCAUUGAUAGGAUCAUAUAUCCUGUCUACACAAAAAGAGGAAUCAAGUACGGUAAGAAAAGAGCCACUAGUCAAGAGUAAAAGCUCUUGUAGAUGGCUCAACAAGAAUAAAUGCCAGAGAAGAUGGGCAAACUGCUGGAUGGUUUCUUGAUCCUAUACUCCUGUAGAGUAAAGCUACCGCAUGAAUCGAUUAAGAGUAAAUUAGCCUCUUAGAAAAUCGUGGAAGUCAUUGAAGAAGAUCUCUGUUACUUCUAAAACCUGAACUCAAUCGACCUGUCAGACAAUAGAGUUCGACUUGAACAGCUUAAAAAUUUGAAAGCUUUAUCAGAAGUUAAUCUAUAGUACAACAUGAUUCAGACGAUUCCAGCUUUAACAUAAGAGGAUUUCCCGAAGCUAGAAUAUCUUAACUUAUCUUAUAACAGCAUCACACCCUCUAGCAUUAGAAGUUUAUUCAAUUUAAAAAAGCUGAAAACGCUAGAUCUGCAAGGCAAUAGUUUGGUAACACUGCCAGAUGAUAUGUUUGAGCUAAGUGGGGUUGAGGAAUUAAAUUUGUCUUCAAAUUUGUUUUCAUCUAGUUCAACCAUUAUUAAUCCUGCAGUAUUGUUUAAGUCACUUGGAAUGAUGCCAAGAUUGAAAAGGCUCAAUAUUAGCAGAAAUAAAUUUUCAGGGUUUCACUUUGAUUUCUUAAUAAAACACGAGGAUUAUAAAUUCUUGUAAGAUCUCGACUUCGGUUACAAUGUUGCUCACGAUGAAGAAGAUUUAUCCUACUUAUCUUAAUUAAAAUGUCUCUAACUUCUAAUCAUUACUGGCAAUCCACUUGGUCUGAGUGGAAAGCCUGCUUUUGCCAGACUUGAAGAGGCACUUUAAAAGAAUCUUUCAGCUACAAUCAUUAAUGAGGAGGUGAAUGAUCAAAAAAUAUAUUUGAAGAAGACCAAACAACAAAAGUAACUGGUUAAUUUCCCUUAUCCCAACCCAAUCAAGCUUUUCUCAAGAGAGGUGUAGAAAGAUAUUAAGGGUGAAUACUUAAAUGCUGAGCUAAUGAAUCAAGGUGUGGCUCUGCAGAUCGCUGAAAUUAGACCUAAUACUAACAUUGAGAAGGAGAUAUUCCCUAGAGAACUGACGAGAGAUGCUCAAGAGAAGGAAAUAUUCACUCCUCCUAAUCAUAAAUAGAUGCGUUUUGUAGCUGGGCAGGACUCCUCAAAGCCGAGCAGUUCUCAAAAUGAUCAGUUCUUUAUCACUGAAAAUAUAGAUCAGUAAGAUGUCUAGCGUCAGAGAAUCAUUCAAGAAGAGCGCUCGCAGGAGAGUGACAUUGAAGAGGAAAAUGACCAAGUUGAUGGAGAAGAUAUUGGCGAGGAUGAGGAGGAAGAUCUUGAAAUGCAGGAUGAAAACUUUGACUUUGGCAAGGCGAAAUUGGAUUACUUCAAAAGUAGAGCGAGAGAGAUAUUGCUGAAUGACAAGGACCAGGAGUAUGAUAAUUCAAUUUCUCUUAACAUGUGCUAUAAAAACCUUAAGAACCAACUCAGAAAUCCUGUUGUAGUUCAUAACACAGGUAGUGAUACCAAGCCAGGGUAUUUAAAGAUGACAUUUUCAAUGUGCAGAAACGCAGUGAAUGGGGACAGAUUCUUAGAGUUGUCUAAACUAUAACAAAGUAGUAUGUUCAAGAGCAAAAUUUCAGAUGUUUCAAAGCAAAGCUACCUUGGAGGCUAGUCUAGACUGCCACCACUCAUGCUAGCUGGCAAAUAACUUUAGAAUGAAGAUGAGACUAUUAGGGCUCUGCUAGGCUCAAGCAAAAAGAAGACAAAGAAGGAAGAGCAGAUAGAUAGAAAGAUAGAGUACUUGCUAGAAACCUACAAGAAAUAGGAUGAGGAAAUUAUGAGGAAAGCAGUUGAGAAGGAUCAGAAUAAGACCAUCAGUAAAAAGAUUCUCAGAGAUAAAUUUGGCUUCUCUGACGAUGAAGAUGAUAACUCAAAGUCACAGAAUCAAAAUGAGAAGAAGGUUAAAUAACCACUAGCUAUACAUUCAGCUAUUUGA